AAGAACCAAAGCACGUGCCAUGCCGAGAGGAAUCUGUUGGACUUCAAGUCUUUGAUGGGCACACCACAGUUGUUUUCUCUUUUCUAGUGAUUCUGUCCAGCCCUGGUGAUUUUCGUGCUAUAGACCUACGCAGUGAUGAAUGCUCUACUGUACGAAACGAUCAAACCACUCGACAGCGUCGUCUAUUUUCUAACCGAGACUUUGAAAGAGCUCGGGUGGUACAAGCAAAAGGAAGAAUUUGUUAUGGAUGUGGGAUGCGGACCUGGACAUGUGACUUCAAAAUAUAUCCUGCCGCUGUUUCAAGAUUUCGAGAAAUUUAUAGCUGUGGAUUACUCACCAAGCAUGAUUGAGACAGCAAGAAGCAAUAAUUACCAUCCAAAAAUUGAUUACAUUGUAUCGAAUUUUGAAGAUAAAUCCGAUAUUACAUGCUGGUUUGGGCAGGUGACAAAACUUGUGUCGAUUCAUUGCUUCAAUUGGCUUAAAAAUCAGGAGAAGUGUUUCCAAAAUGUUUAUGACUUGUUGCAACCGGGAGCUGAAGCAGCUUUUUAUUUUGUACUAAAAUCCGACUUUUAUGCCGCUGUGGUGGACAUAUAUAAUGAUCCAAAAUGGAGCAGAUACUUUGAAGGAGUCGACAAUCGUGUUGCUGAGUCUCAUUAUAAGAAGUACGAUUCCAGGUAUUACAGAAAAAUUUUGGAAAAUAUUGGUUUUACUCUUAUUCUUUGUCGAGACGAGCUGAAAGUCAAUCCACUGUCAUCAGAGAAAGAGGCAAAAGACUUAUAUUACUCUCUUACGGUCUUGGUGCAUCAUGUCCCACUCAAUCUCAGAGACGAAUUUAGGGACGAUCUCUUUGAAUAUGUUCUGAAGAAUGGCGGUAUAACAGAAGAUGGAACAUUGGUACAUAAAGCUGUGACUCUAGAAUUGGUUGUGAAAAAGCCGAAAUAAGACCUCAUCUCUAUAGACUAAAUUAUCUUAAUUAGCCCAAGCAAAGGCAAAUAAAUAUUUGUUGCCUAAAACAACUGGAAAUAAUACACGAUCAGUAGAUUAACUGAUCGCUGAUUUAGAAUUUUUUAUCUUUUAAAUUUUUUAUUUUUUUUAAAUCUCAUCCUUAGAAAUAUUUUUAUCCGUUUACGGUUCUUUUCAAUUAUAACUUCACCACCUAACGGCUUUUUUUCCAUUGGGGAUUUUUUGGAACAAUAUUGCUGUCAGUUUGGUCCAACUUCAUUACUGACGAUGACUUUUAACUAUCUUUUUUGUAGCCGCAUUUUUUAUAUAAUUAUAUUAUUGUUUGCUGUGUUUACUUUCAAUCUGUUAGCAAAACUUAAUUCAAAUCAUUGUAUGGACAUUUCAUUGUUGCUAGAUAUGUUUAAGAAUUGAAAAAUUCAGCCAAGCAUUCAUUUCAGGAGACACAAGCAUCUUAAGCCCUAUCCAGGUAGCAUAGCCUGUUGCAUAAUAUUGUACAUUAUUGUUCGAUAUUAUAUGAUAUUAAUCAAUAUUGUACAAUACUGUUCGAUAUCAUAUGACAUUAAUCAAUAUAGUACAAUAUUGUUUUAUAUUAUAUGAUAUUAAUCAAUAUUGUACAAUAGGGUGGAACGAAAAAAACAACUCUUGAAUUUAAUUUGUAAUAGCACAGAAAAGUUGCCUUUUGCUGUAGAUAAGAUAAAUUAAAUGCAUGAAAAAUAUGGAAGUACGUCUAGAGGUGCCGCAAAAACGUUAAUGUUUCAUAAAACUGAAAUUUUUGAUGCAUUUUAAAGUUUUUUCAAUAAAUAAUAAACUUUUGAUUUUUAAUUUGUAAUAACGCGUAAAAUUUGCUUUUUGGUGUAGAUAAGAUAAAUUAAAAUAUGAAAAAUGUUCGAGUACAUCUUAAGAUGCCGUAAAGACGUUAAAUUUUCGUAAAAACACACUUUUUGGAACUUUUUCAAAGAUUUUUGCUUGGUUUGAUUAUGAAAUAAAAAGUUUUAAAUAGGCAUUAUAAUCUGAAUUUUUAAAAAAUACAGUUUUACUAUCGCAUUACCAUGGAAUCCAGCACGCUGAGUUAUCGCCGGUGCUGAUGUUAUUGAGGGGAGGUGGAGGUUUUUCUGCUUGUGAUGACGAGCUCGGAGCUGGGGUCAAGUCAGCAGCUCAAUUCAAUUGAGUUGGCGUCUCCACUCCGUCUAUUGUGUAACUGAUUUGUUAGUUUGUAUGCUUUUUUGUGAGUAAAAAGGGCCCAGACUAAAUUAGUGAAGACAACACAAAUGUCAGAAUGUCCCAUGUUUGGGAAAUUUAGUGAUUUGCUUGAAGUUGAACUGCCUACUUACGAAUAUGUUGUAAUGUGCUACUGUUAUAUUAGACAUAACCUCAAAAUUGCUUCAGAGAAGGCUCCUUCUAUAAAUGUAAUACGUAUAACUUUAGUUCGGAAAAUAGAACAAAUACAGUCAAGAGCUUCUGUUUCCAUCUUUCUACCAAAAGAAUUUCAAAAGCUUUUCAUGCUAAAUGCAGGAAUUCAUUAAAGUCUAAAAGCAGAAAAGGGUCAGAAUAUUUUGAUUCCAACCUCACAAAAUUUAGAUAAAAAGCUAAACGUUCAUUUGAUAUUGCUGCCUAUAAGUAUGUAAACUUUAAUACUUGUAUAAAUAAACAAUCAGUAAUGGAACAAGAGUUUCUAAACGAUCAACGCUCUAACAGGAAAAUGGUUAUAGUAAAUUUGAUAAAGUUACCACAAGCACUUUGAGGACGAAAGAAGCAAAAGAAAGUAAAGAACUACAGAGAAUAGUAAAGUUUAAUCAAGAACGGGCAAAAAAUACUAGUGUGCCAGAAACGGUAACUGGUAAAAAUGACAAACUUGAAGAAAAAUUGUGUUCUUUACAGGAAGAAGCAAACCAACCUGAUCCUUCAAAUAUAUCUUAAGUCUCUGGUUGAUUACUUUGUGAAAGUGUAUGCGCUUGUUUGGUUUAAAGUUAAGUUAACACCUUCAUGUACUUAUGGUUACAAACAUCGUUUAACCUUAUCUCAUAUUCACACUAUCUCUCUGAUGAUUUCAAGAAUGUUAUAUACCUGAUUUUUCAAAAAAAAUUGGUACAUUGUUGCUCCAAAAAGUAUCUUUUUGACCAUGCCAAAUGAUGAGCGCAAAAUUCAAAGAGAACUUAGUUUGCGACGUGUUUUAAAAACAAGAACAGAAAGUAGAGGUGGAGUCAGGAAGUUUGAAGUUUCAAAGAUAAACUGCAAUGAAAAGGAUUAUAUCGACACGAUCUAAUGGCUCGAAAAUGGCAUAACUGAGUACCCUCCCCCCCCCCCCCCUCGGGUUUAAACACGUUUCCAGUGACUCUUCUAAAAACUUCAUGCGAAAAGCAUCUGAAGCUGAGCUAAAUAGUAUAGUGGAUUCGGUUAUUACCUCGGCUUCCUUGUCACACGCAAGCAGAGUAAAGAGCUGCGAAACUGGAGACCGACUCAGUUUAAAAUUAUGUGGUUCAAUCAUAAUAGAAUUAUAUAUGAGAGCAAAAAUUGACUCAGGUGUGAAUAUGCCAAAAUUUGAUUUAAAAAAACCAGUUUAAUGUGGCAAUGAAGUAGAAACAAACAUUUUGUUGCUGCAACAUUUGUAAUCAUUAAGGAUACAGAAGUAAGAAACACAAAAUAUGACGUUAAAAAAUAUAUUAUUGCUAUUAUUGUAUUUUGCAAUUAAUAAUUAUUUUCUAUUUGUAAUACUUUUAUAUACAUUUAAAACCCUCUUUUGUAACAUUAUAAUACGAAAAAUUCUUAAAACAUAUAUCAUCCAAGUUUUUAAUUUUUCAAUUAUUUAAAAAAAUUUAAGGUCUUUGCAGUACCUAAGAUGGCUUGCAACCAAUUUUUUUUUUUUUUUUUUGAACCUAAAAUUCAACUUUUCCCUAAUAUUACCAAAUUAAAAUGUAAACAAAUUUUUUAAAGGCCUAUUUUAAAAUUUAUGAUUUUUUUUUAUUUUUUACAAAAUUUAAGCUCUUUGCGGCACCUCAAGGUAUUGUUGUAUUGCAAUCAAAUUUUUGUUUUAUUCUUUUUGAAUCCAAAAGACAAUUUUUCCUCACUAUUACCAAACUAAAAAUCUGAAAAAAAGAAAAAAAAAUUAAGCCAUUUUCGUUCCACUCUACUGUACAAUUCUGCAAAUAUUGAUCCAUGUGAUAGAAUAUUGUACAAUAUCUGUGUGCUACUAGAGUAUUUAUCAUACAUCUUUUGGUAGAUUUAAAGGGAAAAAACCCUGCAAGUUUCUAUAGAUACGACAUCUCAAGUGGAUGCCAUGUAAAAUAUAUUUUAAUUUAAAGAAAAAGUUUUACAACUUCACUAGCAAAGAAGAGGAAGUCUUAUAGCUUUAUUACAACAUUGAAAGUAAAAAUUCUAAAUGCAACCGUAGUACCAAUACAGUGUGAGGAGAGAAGCUGUAUCAUCUGAUGGCGAAAAUGUGUGGUGUGGUUAUAACUGGAGGUAUCUCAUUUAUUUAUUUAUAUUUUUAAAAACUGUAUUUUAUGUAUAAAAUUAUACUUCACCAUGAGAUGAAGAAUUCUGUGCCUAUUUGCAUGACUUUUUUCUGUCAUUUGCUUUUGUCAAUUUAAAUGUUUUUACACUGAGCUCAGGAAUAAAAUCAUUUUAUCAGUCCUGUUAUCUUUG